AUGCGACAGAACAAGGACAGAAAAACCGAUCAGAAUGAGCGUAGUGACCAUGGCCGAGACUUAGCGGGAGUUCUGCAGAUCGAAGAAGGACUUCGCGUCGAGACCCGACCGAUGAGAGUGUGUGGCAUGUUGAGAAACGCAGGCAUAGAGAGCGGCGCGCUGUGCGGUUCUCCGUUGGGUCCGCCGGCAGAACUGUUUAUCUCAGUGGUUCGAGGCAGGAAAACACUGGAGGGUAGUGAGAGCCGCCGUCAUCGACUGCUCCAGAGAGGACUUUUGCUUCGGCGAACCGAUAGAGGUACUGGAACUGGGACUUUCCCGCGACUGUUAGAGGUUGUCAGGUUGAUCUGAAGAGCUGUGAAUUCGAUGACCUGAAAGCAGAAUCCUGGGCUCUAUUGCCCAUUACCAGCAUUGCCAGAUGUGUUUCACAUGACAUUGGAAGAAGUUCUCUCCAAUUUUGUCCACAACAUUGGUCAGAUUCUGGAAAACGAGUAGCUACAAUGCAUCUGAAAAAUCACGAAACUCAACUGUUCCGUACCAAUCACGGGUUCCUCCGUGCUCUCCUGAGACGUUUCCAUACCGAGGAAUGGAGAAAAAUGAUUAUUUUACUUGAAGUUUUGGCCAUUUAAAGCGAAGCUUGACACCAGCCAUUAAACUUUUAUUAAUAGCUGCGGGACUAGGAGUAAAAAAAUGAAAACGUUAGUAUCCACGGAACUUCUUUUUCUUACGGAAAUCUUCUUAUUGUAGGUCUUGGUGUUCUUUCCGUCGCGAGUGCGGACAGUGGCGAUUUGCAACGAGCGACCCGAGGAUAGCGUCGAUGGGAUAUUCUGGAAUCAGAGAAUUGAGGAAACUGCUAUGAGAAGUGAAUGGACUAACCACGGAAAUAAUCGGACGCGGAGCAACGAGCUCAGUCUUGAUCUGCUUUAG